UAAAAAGGUAAUACAGUGUUAAUCUCAAUACACAAUCACCAAUAGUUCCUCAAACCAAAAUGAAUCUUCCCCUUGCCGACAUGUCCUCAUCCAACCUUGCUCUACCUGCAAUUAUUUUCACCCUUCUCUUGAUCAUCCUCUAUGCUCUCUUCAAUUCAUUUAUCGGCGGUCGUCAUAAGAGACUACCGCCCCAACCCGGCGGUGCUUGGCCGGUCAUCGGCCACCUCCCUCUACUCACUGGAAAAGAACUCAUUCACAAUACCUUGGGGAAAUUGGCAGACACUUAUGGGCCAAUCUUUAUGCUAAGGUUAGGUACCAAUAAAACCUUGGUUGUUAGUGGAUGGGAAGUAGCAAAGGAGUGCUUUACUACCAACGACAAAAUCUUUGCAUCUCGCCCCAAAUUUGCUGCUGCCGAGCUUCUUGGCUAUAACUAUGCCAUGUUUGGGACUAGCCCAUAUGGUUCCCAUUGGAGGCAUGUUCGUAAAAUAGUCAUGCUCGAACUUCUCGCUAACCACCGUCUCGAGAAGUUGCAACACAUCUCAAGAUCAGAGGUUCAAAAUUCCAUUGAGAGGCUACAUGAGUUGUGCAAAUCAAAUAAGAAAGCGCUAGUGGAGAUGGAGACGUGGUUUGGAGAUAUAACAUUGAACACCAUAUUUAGGAUGGUGGUUGGAAAGCGAUUUUCGACUGCUUUUGAAGGGAGUGGGGGGGAAGAGUACCAAAAUGCGUUGAAAGGAUUUUUUAAUUUGUUUACAGCGUUUGUUCCGUCGGAUUUAUUUCCGUUUUUAAGAUGGUUUGACUUUGGAGGAUACAAGAAGACUAUGAAGAAGACAGCAAAGGUCAUGGACGAGAUGCAUGAUAAAUGGCUUAGAGAGCAUCGAGAGAAGAGAAAUUUUGAUGGAGUAGGGAGUGAAGAGCAAGAUCUCAUGCACAUCAUGUUGUCUAUAACCAAGGAUGAGGAUUUUUCCGGCUACGAUGUCGAUACGGUCAUCAAAUCUACUUGUUUGGCUAUGAUAUUGGGUGGAUUUCACACCACCACGGUAGAAAUGGUAUGGGCUCUUUCACUACUCCUCAAUAAUGAAGAAGCACUCAAGAAAGUCCAAUCUGAAUUAGAUGAACUAGUUGGGAGAGAAAGACAAGUGAGUGAGUCAGACAUACAUGAUUUAAUAUAUCUCCAAGCAGUUGUGAAGGAAACGUUGCGUCUAUAUCCUGCAGCACAACUCUCAGUUCCUCAUGAAUCUAUAGAAGAUUGUACAGUGGCUGGGUAUCACAUUCCAGCAGGCACACGAUUGUGGGUGAAUCUUUAUAAACUCCAAAGCGAUCCAAAUGUUUGGGAGAGUCCCAGAGAAUUUCGUCCAGAGAGGUUUUUGGCAAUUGAAAAGAAUUUUGAUGUGAAAGGACAAAGUCCACAAUUCAUUCCAUUCGGAGCUGGUAGAAGAAUUUGUCCUGGAAUUUCAUUUGCCACCCAAGUUAUGCAAUUGUCACUUGCAAGACUGCUUCAUGAAUUUGAAAUUAAACGACCAUCUGAAGAGCCACUUAAUAUGGAAGAAAGCGUUGCGUUGAACAUUACCAAGAAAAUUCCACUUGAAGUUGUCUUAACUUCACGUCUUUCACCUCAAAUUUAUAAAUGAUUUCAUGUUCAAGUAAUAAAAAAUUGUAUAUCACUAGUUUGGUUUGUAGUAAAUGCAUAUAAAAGUUAGAUCAGACCAACGGGUACUAGUUUUUUUUUAGUGCAAUAAUUUAUGCAUGUGGGUGGGAGUGGGUUUCAAACAUUUUAUAUUUGGUCUGUUUUAAC